CCACUACGCUAUGAUUUCUGAUUCCUCUACCUCACUUUCCGCUGAUCCAAGUGGGGGUACUUUGCUUCCGCUCGAUCCAAGGGAACCCCCUUGUCCUCCUCCAACCAAUAUAAUUGCUCGCCCUCCUUUUUUGCGGGAUAAUUCCUUUUACUUCGAGACGGUGGUCUUUUUGGCCGAGAAUACGCUCUUUAGGGUGCCCCGAUAUGGGCUUGAAGCCGAUGAAGGUGUCUUCGCUGGCAUGUUUUCGAUGCCGCAAGGAGAGAAGGCCAAGGAAGGAUCAAGCGAUGACAAUCCCAUAAUCCUUCCCGCUCAGGUCACCGCAUUCGAUUUCAAGAGUUUCCUCAAGGCCAGUUACCCUCAGCUACCAGGCGGGUCCACUGAUUUAACUGUAGACGAGUGGAUGUCCGUGUUGAAACUCUCCGAUAUGUGGGAGUUUCCAAAGAUGCGCACAAAGGCGAUCGAUGCAAGUGAGAGCGAAGUUCAAAAAUUAGGCGCCGUGGAGAUGAUUCUCCUGGCCAAGAAAUACAGUGUCUCCGAUUGGUUGACCAAGGGCUGCGAUAUACUGGUACGACGCCCAGAACAUAUCACGGCGGACGAGAGAAAACGCCUGGGCUUGGAUACAUUCGUGCGGUUGGCAGAGGUCCGAGAGAAAAGCUGGAACCAUGCGGUGUUCGGACAAUACCCUUAUAGUGUCUAUGCGCAACAACAACGGAACCAGUUCGGUUUCGCAGGUGCGAUACAGGCGGCGUUCGAAGACGAAUUGAUGGAUGACGACGAAUAUCGUGCUGCCCACCGCGUUGAUGCUGCGAAGGGAAAGAAACCGAAAGGGAAACGCAAAUAGAUGAGAGAGGAAGACGAGUCAUGAUCCGUCACGGUUGGGGGGAGUUCUGUAUGUCAGAAGUGGUCUCCAUGGCUGUAUGUGGGGCCCGAGGUGGUUUAAGCAUCGAAUCGGCGAGAGCCUCGGCCCCAGUUUGCGCUCAGUAGCGUGGGAAUCUCAGCUACUACAUACCGUUCUCUAGCUUUCUCUGCAACCUCCUGAGUCCUUACUGAAUGUUACACUUCUGGAUCACCAGUGCACCACGAUGCACAGUUAUGCUC